GAUAUAUCCGUAAAAUCGAAGUACCGAUAUAUCCGUGAUUACCGAUAUUUUCAUUCUUGAUCGUGACUUUGAACUAUGAGUUACUCAAUUAGUUGUGUGCUUCAUCUUAUAGCCUGGGUGAGUCACCUUCUUCCUCCCCUCUUUUGAGGGGAGUUGAGGAGCACAUCAUGUUGCAACUCAGGUACAAUUUUACUAGUAAUCUAUGUUGACCUGUUCUGGGUGUUUAUUGGCUAGUUCAAAAAUCACUUGGAAAAUUUUUUCUCCUGAAGGAUAAGAAUCUUUCCACCAAAGAUAAAUAUCCUUCGUCAUGCAGAUGCUUCACCCAUCAAGCUUGCGCAAAACCAAAGCUGGAAGGAAAUAAAGAAGCAAAAAAUGGUAUUGCCAAGCAUUGUUUUAGAACAUUACUUGGCAUUUCUUCAAACGGGGGUAUUCUACCGUUUUGUCGUUUCUCUUAUGGAGUUGUCAACCAUUGUCCUUAAAACCCAGAACAAUUUCUUCUGGUGGAUAUAAAACCAAAGUAAAAAAAUAAGACUACGUGAUUGAAAAAUUUAAACAUAAUUGCAAAUUUGCAAUACAGUUAAGUAAGUAAUGCUUUGGAUGAACCAUUUUUAGAUGCAACAUGAUACCUCUAUUGUAUUGCAUAUGUUACCAGGUUGAGACAAAUGACAAGUUUUAUGGGUUGAGCUGGUGGCUCAACCAAGGUUCCAUGACGACAUUGCUUAGAUCUUAUGUUUUCUUUUGUUAUGUGUCGAUAAGUUCUCUCUUAUUGUUAUGCUACUUCAAUUCCUUCCAGCUUGUUAUACGGUCUUUCUUUUGCACCCAAAAGAAGAAUGAGCAUUUAGACAAUGCUUUCUAGAGAUCAGGAGCUUCUGCAAGAGUAUCUGUUCCAAAGAAGAGAUUUCUUUAAUCGUGCUUUGACAAGGAAAAUAAGCCUUCAGCUUCAUAAAAAUAAAGAAUGACUGAACAGUUUGUGAAGAUGAGCAACAGGAACCAGGAGCAGAGGAGACAUCCCAGUCAGACAACAGGCACUCAGCCAUCUAGGAAGCAGCCAAGAAAGGGGGGGAACCCAGUCCGGCUUCCAUCAGCUGCUGGGCUUACUCAAGAUGAUGAGUCUUCAAACACAAGGAUAUGUAAAAACUCAGCUUGUCGAGCUGUGCUAUCUUUAGAUGACAUAUUCUGCAAGAGGUGCUCUUGCUGUAUCUGCCACUCAUUUGAUGACAACAAGGACCCUAGCCUAUGGUUAGUCUGCACAUCUGAGUUUGAUAAGGGUGACACUUGUGGGCUGUCUUGCCACAUUGAAUGUGCAAUUCUAAGGCAGAAAGUUGGGGUGGUUGAUCUGGGGCAAUUGAUGCAGCUAGAUGGGACCUACUGCUGUGCUUCUUGUGGAAAAGUCACAGAAAUUCUUGGAUGUUGGAAGAAGCAGUUUAUCAUAGCGAAGGAAGCUAGGCGGGUUGAUGUUCUCUGCUAUAGGAUAUCAUUGUGUUAUAGGCUUUUGGUUGGGACAUCCAGAUUUAAAGAGCUACAUAAAGUUGUAAGUGAUGCCAAGGCCAAGCUCGAAACAGAGGUGGGUCCAAUUAGUGGGGAUUCUGCCAAAAUGGCACGUGGCAUCGUGAGCAGACUCUCAGUUGCUGCAGAUGUGCAGAAUCUCUGCUCUCUUGCUAUUGAGAAAGUAGAUGCAAGGCUCAACUCCAUUUCUACUGCUAACUUCAAUCACCGAGAAAACUCACUUGGUGCUGCUUGCAUAUUCCUAUUUGAAGAAGUAACAGCUUCUUCUCUUGUUCUUGUUUUGGAUGAACCAGAUGCUUCACCUUCUGAUGCAGUUAAAGGGUACAUGCUCUGGUAUUGCCCAAGCAGGGAAGAACCAUCCUCCAAGGAGCCUAUGCGCAUCUUCCCAAGGACUCAGAAAAGGGUUCUAAUAUCAAAUUUGCAACCUGGCAUUGAAUAUCGUUUCCGGAUAAUUCCUUAUACUGAUUCUGGCAGCUUGGGUCAUUUUGAGGCAAAGUGUUUCACUAGGAAUGUGGAGAUAAACCACAAGAAUUCUGAAUCUGAAGUCGUCGUUCCACAAAAUGAAAUUAGUCCUGAUAAUGAAAGACUAGAUACCAGGAAUGAAACAGUGCCAAGGACUUCCAGUUUUAAGGUUCAGGACCUAGGAAAGGUUCUCUACCUUACUUCAGCAGAAGAACAAGGCUCUCUGGAGGGAUUAUGCAGUGCUGAUGUGGAAGAAUGCAGUGGUGGGAGCAGUGCAAUGAGAUAUGAAACCCCAGAAGAUGAAAAACCAAUGCCAAAUUCGCGUGAGCUUGACUUAAAUGUUGUUUCUGUGCCUGAUUUGAAUGCAGAACUAACACCUCCACUAGAGUCCUCCAGAGAUGAAGACAAUGAGUGCACCUUGGAGCAGGUGGUUGAGGCUGAGGAUGAUGCAGUAUCACAUGGCUUGGAAAAGAAUGAUCAAUCAAGAUCAAGUGGUAGCCAUGACUCACAAACUUGCAAAAUCAGGGCAAUCAGAGAAGUUCCUGCUGUUGAAUCCAGAACAGAGUUAUGCAGGAAACAGACUCUGAGCUCAAAGAGUGAGGCAUAUGAUUGCGUUAGCACUCUAAUUAAUGGUUCCCCAUUGCAAGUCUGUGCUGGAUCAGGCCAUUUGGACAGGAGCUAUGAGUAUUGUGUGAAGAUCAUUCGAUGGCUAGAGUGUGAAGGGCACAUAGGACAGGAAUUUAGGAUGAAGUUCUUAACUUGGUUUAGCUUGAGAUCAACCGAGCAGGAGCGGAGGGUUGUGCAUGCAUUUAUCCAAACCCUAAUCGAAGACCCAAGUAGCUUGGCAGGCCAGUUGAUCGAUUCAUUCUCAGACAUUGUGAAAAGCAAGAGGACCCGUAAUGGUUUCUGCAGUGAACUAUGGCAUUGAACCCGGAGCAGGCAAAAGGAUGGUUUUAUUCUUUUUCUAUGUGAUAUUAUUGCUUUUGUAUGUACAGGCUUUCUGGGAUCUUGAACAAAUAUGUUUGUGGAGUUUAUAAGUCUUUGCAGGUAGAGCUCUUCUGAUUUUUCUUUCUUGAAGAGCUCAUGGUUCAUAGCGGUAUUGUAUCGUGAGAUCUUCCUAUUUUAAUUUGAACUUUAGUCGAGGCACAUAUUACAAAAU